UCUUGAACUUUGAUUGAACUCUUGAGAUUGAGUUAAGUUCUCCUCCUACAGCUUACCCCCUAGUGCGUCGAAAGCCAUAGCGUCGCGAAUACUUCAUCAAUCAACGUGAUUCAAAUUGGGAACGGUAGCUGAGAUCAAGAGCUACAACAUAUCCAAGUUUCGCGACAUUCCAACGGCUAGGUUUUUGUCGACGUCGUUUCUUGUGAAGACGACUUUUCUGUCCAGAAUUUCGGAUUUAUAUUUUGAUGGAAGGCGAGUGAGGAUGAGGAGUUCGGGUCCCUGAUUGAAAACGAGACAUGGGACCUGUGUGACUUGCCUCCUGGAAAGAAGGCAAUCACUUCCAAGAUGAUCUACAGGCACAAGUAUGGACCUGAAGGGGAGCUGACCCGCUACAAGUCUAGGCUUGUGGCACGGGGGUUUCAGCAGACAAAGGGAAGGACUAUGAUGAGGUGUUUGCUCCUGUGGGGAAAGGAACAACACUGAGGGUGCUGUUAGCGAUAGCUGCACUCCUGGGAUGGAAGAUACGGCAGAUGGACAUUGUGACAAUGAGUCCGCUGUGAAGCUCGCCAAGAAUGCUUGUCUGCAUGGGCUGACAAAACACAUAAGGCCUAAGUGGCAUUGGGUGAGGAGACUCCUUGAUAAGGAGGUGCGGCUGGAGAUAGUGAAGACCCAUCAGCAGGCAGCAGAUAUUUUCACCAAGCGUCUGGCGGAGGCGGAUCAUUGGAAGGGCAUGAAGCUUGCUGGGAUGACGUCGCGAAUACUUCAUCAAUCAACGUGAUUCAAAUUGGGAACGGUAGCUGAGAUCAAGAGCUACAACAUAUCCAAGUUUCGCGACAUUCCAACGGCUAGGUUUUUGUCGACGUCGUUUCUUGUGAAGACGACUUUUCUGUCCAGAAUUUCGGAUUUAUAUUUUGAGUAAU